GGGUGGCCACCGGCCGGGGGGGGGGGGGGGGGUCCCCUUAGAGAAGCUGGAAGCGAGAUGGUCCUGAUCAAGGAGUUUCGGGUGGUACUGCCCUGCUCCGUGGAGGAGUAUCAAGUGGGACAGUUGUAUUCCGUGGCCCAGACCAGCAAGAAUAACACUGGGGGUGGUGAGGGCAUCGAGGUCCUCAUCAAUCAGCCGUAUGAGGGGGGUCCUGGUGAGCGGGGCCAGUUUACCCACAAGAUCUACCACCUACAGAGCAAAGUUCCAGGAUUUGUUCGCCUGUUUGCCCCUGAGGGUUCCCUGGUAUUUCAUGAGAAGGCCUGGAAUGCCUACCCAUACUGCCGGACGGUCAUCACGAACGAAUAUAUGAAGGAUGAUUUCUUCAUCAAGAUUGAAACCUGGCAUCAUCCGGACAUGGGGACUCAGGAAAAUGUUCACCAUCUUGAUGCAGAGACAUGGAAGGAGGUGGAGGUGGUUCAUAUUGAUAUUGCUGAUCGGACUCAAGUGUCUGAUGAGGAUUAUAAACCAGAAGAGGACCCUGCCCUCUUCAAGUCUGUCAAAACUGGACGUGGCCCCCUGGGACCCAACUGGCAGAGGGAAUUGUUGAAACAUCCGCCCCACAUGUGUGCCUACAAGCUGGUGACUGUCAAGUUCCGAUGGUGGGGGCUCCAGGGACGAGUGGAGAACUUCAUCCAUAAGCAAGAAAAGCGGCUCUUCACCAACUUCCACAGGCAGCUGUUCUGUUGGCUGGAUCAAUGGGUUGAUCUGUCCAUGGAAGACAUCCGGAACCUGGAGGAGGAGACCCAGCGAGAAUUGGACCAGAUGCGGAAGACGGGUCCAGUGAGGGGAAUGAGAGCCAGUGAUGACUGAGACCUCAGGCAGGCCUGGGCAGGUACCUGCCCCUGAGAUGGAAAAUGGAAAGGAAUUUGGUGCAGUGUCGACCCAGUAGGCAGGAAGAAAGAGUGAAGCUUCUGCUGGGGCUGGGGUGGGAUUCCUGUCUGCUCCUCUCCAGCUCUGUCAUACCAGAGUCUCCUACCCUGGAGCUUUUCCCAUUCCCAAAGAUACCCGGGGACCGAGUUGGAGAAACAUUCCAGGGCCAAACACUACAACCACUGCUCUCUUUCAAGCCUGGAGAGGACACAGGGAGUCGGGGCGACUUGGCCAUCCACCAUUCCUGAUGCCAAUGGAGUCAACGCUGCACAGUAAUAAAGUCCUCAUGGGCCCCUAGGCCUCA